AUGAGAUAUCUCAAAGUGUGUCGGCCGUUACACACUCAGAUGCAGCUGAGAGAAGCGAAAGUCUCGGUAGCCGUCGCUGUUUUUACUGGACUGGUUUUCAGCUGGCCAGCGCCUGUCAUAUACGGAGUCAGAACAGUCGAAACGAAAAUACCGGGAAUUGUGGGAGAAAAUUGUGACAGCUUGGACGGAAUUAUUUUUCUAACCUAUCACGUGAUACUAGCAGUAGCGUUGGUGAUUUUCACCGCAGCGCUGGCGGUUCUAUACGGGAUGGUGGGCAUGGCGGCUAAGAGACACAAGCGCUAUAUGAGGCGAAUCUCCGACGUGGAAAUCUCUGGAAGGAAGAAGACUUCAGUUUCGUCCUUAGAAAGUUCAACAACGUGUGAUGUGAGCCUGUCUUACUUAGACGUCGCUCAACCUCAACCUCAACCUCAACCUCAACCUAAGCCUUACCCUCAACCUCCUACACAACAAAAGCAGAAGGGUGUUCAUAAAAUUAAAAACAAAACAACAGUGAUAGGUUUUACUGUUACAUUAGUUUUCGUGGUGAGCUUUUUGCCGUUUAUUUCGCUCAUGGCGGUGGGAGCGUUUGUGAAAAACUUUGACUACGAUUUAAAGGGCGGAUCACUUGUUGCGUACAAUGUAUUCGUGCGCUCCUAUUUUAUAAAUAGUGCGGCAAAUCCUUUCAUCUAUGGAGUGCUGAACAUUCGGUUUCGAGAUGAGAGCGUCACAUUGUUGAAGAAAAUGUUGUGUUGUUUAAAACUGAUUUUUCCUAGUGCGCAGCCGACACCGUGA